UAUUUAUAUCUGUGAUAUGAUGAUGAUAUACAGUUUAUUACCCUUAUAUUUAAAUUAAAUUCAAUAAUUAUUCUAGAGUCCUUCCUUGUUCACAUAUCCUCUUCCUCCGUUUUAAAUUCUCAGGAGAUUGGCUUUUAGAGAUUAAAAGAAGAAGAUGAUGGAGAUCAGGUUAUGGAAUGACAAGCGUGAAAGAGAGAUGUAUGAGAAUUUCGCAGAGCUUUUUGCUAUCAUCAAAGCCACAGAGAAGCUCGAGAAAGCUUAUAUCAGAGACUUGAUCUCUCCUCCAGAGUAUGAGUCCGAAUGCCAGAAACUCAUUGUUCACUUCAAAACUCUAUCCGCUACACUCAAAGACACGGUCCCAAACAUGGAAAGAUUCGCAGACACUUACAAAAUGCACUGUCCUGCUGCUCUGUACCGCCUCGUUACAUCAGGUGUUCCGGCCACUGUGGAACACCGAGCUACAUUAGCAGAAACUACGUCCAACUCUGCAUCCAUUGUUGCUGAAUGUGUACAGAACUUCAUAACGUCAAUGGAUUCCUUGAAACUAAACAUGGUUGCUGUUGAUCAGGUUUAUCCUCUCUUGUCUGACCUAUCGGCUUCUCUCAACAAGCUGAGUGUUUUACCGCUGGAUUUCGAAGGGAAGACGAAGAUGAAAGAAUGGCUUUUGAGGUUGUCCAAGAUGGGAGCAGCCGAUGAGCUUACCGAACAGCAGUCAAGGCAGCUUCACUUUGAUCUUGAGUCAUCAUAUAACUCUUUCAUGGCAGCUUUGCCUAAAGCUGGUAAUUGAAACCAAUGCAUGUGGUUUGGUUUCUUGAUUUUGUGUGUGUGCAAGUCUUUUGUUUUACUCUAGUCCAAUGGUAACUCCCAAGACAAAUCUACACGUUCAAGGAGUUGAAUGUACCUGUGUGUAAAGAAUCAUACCAUAUUUUGGUUAUAUGAGGUUUACAUAAAGCAAAUACAAGUACAAUGAAUCAAGUUUAAA